AGUAGCAGCCAAGGCGAGCGCGGCACAUAAACUGGGAGAGAGGCGGUGUGAGUUUGCUUUUAGCAGUUGUCAGAUUUGCAAUUGGAUUUGUUUGAAUAUAGUUGCUGUCUCGGAGCAAAUGAGAACGAGAAAGAGAGAAUAUUAACAGCGAAGCAGAGCUCAGCCGUUCAGUCUGAGCGUCUGAUCCGUCCGUGUGUGCACAGUUACAGAUAGGCGACACCAGAUUUAUAUCGCUUUUCAUUGUUUUUGCCUUUUUAUUCGCAUGGAAUUUAUCAAGAGCUACCAACGCUGUUUGAUCGCUAUUUAUUUGCAUUGCAUUUCAGUCCGGAUAGAGGGAUCUCGCCGCGUAUCUCGCCGUAUUCCGUGUCUGAAUUAUUAUUGAUAGGAGGAGAAAGAAUAACGUGCAGACGGCAAUUCAUCUUUCCAGGGUUUUUUGGUCCAUCGAGGCGUAGUCUAGUCAACCGCGCGUUUCAAAGCUAUUUCCAAGAGAAGCUUUGAGCAGACCGAGCGGUGCAGCCUGCUGGAGCCGAGGACGGAUCGCCCGGGGAAGGACUCCUCGUUCCUCAGGACGAUGGUGUUGGACAAGGAAGAGGGUGUGCCGAUGCUCUCCGUCCAGCCCAAAGGAAAACAGAAGGGGUGUGCUGGCUGCAAUCGCAAGAUUAAAGACCGCUACCUGCUCAAGGCCCUGGACAAAUACUGGCAUGAGGACUGUCUCAAAUGUGCCUGCUGCGACUGCCGCCUGGGGGAGGUGGGCUCCACCCUCUAUACGAAAGCCAACCUCAUCCUCUGUCGCAGGGACUACCUGAGGCUCUUUGGUACAACGGGGAACUGUGCAGCCUGCAGUAAACUGAUCCCAGCUUUUGAAAUGGUGAUGAGAGCCAGAGAUAAUGUUUACCAUUUGGACUGUUUUGCCUGUCAGCUUUGUAACCAGAGGUUUUGCGUGGGGGACAAGUUUUUCCUAAAAAACAACAUGAUUUUGUGUCAAAUGGACUAUGAGGAGGGCCAGCUGAAUGGAAGCUUUGAGACACAGGUUCAAUAGUUGGAACCUCAUGGCAGCAACAAUCGGCUCCACACUUUACACACCAGAUGGAUGUUCUGCUGCACUUGGAAAAAGACAAGCGUAUGUCUGCUUGCCUGCAAUACUUUUUAAGACCCCUUUAUCAGUCCCUAAGGACUCUAUUGUAAAUGUUCAACUUUUCGCCCCUCCCACACCCCAACACUGAGCAGUUACAAAUUUUGAUGUACAGUUGUGCCUGCUUAGCUGAGCACUGUAUUGCUUGUAUGUUUUGUGAAAUUUGUUUCCGGUUGGUUUCAUUUUCCUUUUAGAAAUGGUUCAUUGGAGGGUAUGUACAGUCUGUUUUCUCUGUAUAUAUAAACUGGAACAUUUAUUUUAUGAAAUGUAAUGCAAUUUUAUUACUAGUGUGAAUUAAAGAUUCUUAAAUGUUCAUAGUGAGUUUUUUCUCUUGUACCAAAAACCAAAGUUGUCGGAGGAAGUCGGCCCAUGUGUUGAUAUGUAAUCAUGUCUCCAAAAACGGCAAUGCUAAAAAAGAAAAAAAGCUUUGAGAGAGAAAGAUUUAUUUGAAGUAUUUCUUCAAAACAUGAUGCAACAAAACAAGUUUUAUUACAUUUUACAGAGUUCUGAUAGGAUUAGAAAUGCUGUUUAAAAUGAACUACAUAAGAUUUUAUUUGGAAUAAAAGAAUGCUUCUCCAAACUGUGUUGUUGUGAGCGUGCAGGUGUCAUGAAAGCGAGUGAGUUAAGCUGAGCGGCUCUCCGUGAUUCAUGCUUCAUUAAUUGUCAUCUGAUUAUCGGGGUGAAUUGGCCAGGAAAUGAAAUGCAACAGCAAAUAAAUUAGAGAGAAAAUAAAUGCUCAUUGAGUUUGAGCUCAUUCAAACUCGUCUGUAUUAAAACAGUACUGUUCCCAGAAGACUCUUGUUACUGGAUCUGUGUGACACUGUCUGUUUAAUUGAUGUGGUUAUUUAUGAUACACACACCAAAAGCUAUACCAAGUCUUCUGGAGCUGUCAGAUAUUUAGCUGAUCGUUGAAGUGAUAAUUAAUUUCAAUGACUUUGCUAAUUACGUGUAGUUGUAUGAAUUAACCCCCUCAACUCUAAACUUUUUAAAAAAAUGAUACUGGGUAAGGGAACUUUGAAAAUGAUUUUCUGCAAAUAAAACAAUGUAGGUGAUGAACAGUCACAUAUAUAUAUUGAUUAGUCGGCUCAAUGCGUACCUGUAAUUUCCUCCAGAAAUAUCACACUCUUACAGAUCUGAUUACCUUAAAAAUCCUAAAAACAUGCAAGAAAGGUUUAUGACUGCAGGGUGACACAAGUGUGCUGCAUUCUUUAUAAGACCCCUUUCGAUUUUAGUUAUUCUGCUCAUAAAUUACACUGUAGUUUAUUUUCGCUUUGGGCAACAAGAAGCCAAGCCAAGUAUACAAUUAGUUAUUAAUAGGGAUGAAACUAACAGUUAUUUAUUUCACUAUUGAUCAAUCUCCUGAUUACGUGUUAGAUUCAUCGAUUAAUUGUUUAGUGACCAAAAUGUGAAAAAGUGUGCCUCACAAUUUGUCAGAGCACAAGCUGAAGUCUUUAAAUUGCUUGUCUUGUCUGACCAACAAUCCAAAACCUAAAGAUGUUAAUUUCACAAUGAGGUAAAACACAGAAAAGAAGAAAAUCGUAAUAUGGAAUAGUGGGAACUACUGAAUGUUUGUCAACUGUUUGAAAAUAUAAAUGUUCUGUUGAUCAGCUACACAAUUAAUCAACUGAUUGUUUCACCUUCAGCUUAUUAAAUUUAGCAUUUUUUAGAGCCACUUUGGGUCAAUUCGAAUUAAUUCGGCCACACUAAAAUCGUUAUACUGCCAGGUUCCUUACAUGGUGAAACAAUGGCAGCUAAUUACUGAUAACAAACAUCAUUCUUUUAUAGGGAGAGAAAAGAACCUAAGCAGAAAGCAAACGGCUUGGAAAAAUGAACAGCUGCUAGAUCACAACAUCCAUUCUAUUUAAGUUCAAGUUCAGUAACAGGUAAUAAGCCACACAUCAGUCUGGACGGAGGUCUAUAGCCUUUACGUUUGACCGUGAAAUCCAAAUCACUAUUACAUCACUAUUAUUUAAUCAAUGUGAUGUUGUAAAGUAACUGGAAAACUGUAUGAUACAAUAUACCUAUGAACAGUGUUUGUAAUGCUGUAAAGAUCAAAUCACUGGUGGGGGUUCAUACCAAAACACAGGUUCUACAUCAUGCCCACAUGUAUAAAUGCUCAAUA